UUAAAUAAAUUAUUAACAUACAAGUAGUGUCAUGGUUCCCCACUUUCUUAAAUCUUGCCCGAUCAAGCAGUACUUCUUCCUUCAUUCAUCCUCUACCAUCACGAUUCGGCUAUAUCUUGAUAUUUUCUUGUGUAUCCUAUAUGGGAUCAGGAUACUAUCUUUUUGAAUAAUUGGUUUUAAGUGUAAGAUACUAUCAAUUCGCUUAGUGAGACGCAUAUGUUUUGUGUAUUUUCAAUUAGAGGCUUUCUCCAUCAAUCGAAGGAAGAGCUUCUCUCAUAUUUUUUUUUCAACGAGAGCCCUUCACAUUAACAAUGAAAAAGCGCGAGUCUCUGUAAUUUCCAGAUAAGACACAGUGGUUGUGUUAAGCUUAUAACAAUAGAAGCAGAUUUUGUAAACAUUUGGAGUUGGCGAGUGAUCUGCAUCAACAAUUAAUAAUGACAAUGAAGAUGAAGGGAAUCUACAAAAGCUUCAAAUCAAUCUCUCAUAUAUUUGUUGAGAAAGACAUAGAUAUGGAAAUUGGGUACCCAACAGAAGUAAAGCAUGUGGCUCAUGUAGGCUGGGAGGGCUCCUCUGGCAGUGCUCCUGCAUGGAUGAGUGAAUUCAAAGCAGCAGUGGAGCCUUUAUCUCCAAGAGCAUCAUCUUUUAGUCAUGCAACACAUUCGAAUUCUUUCUUGCCCCUUUCUUCAUCCACUGAUUUUGAUCAGAGCUCAAGCCAACCAACUAUAUCAGAUAGGCUAAGGGAUGUGCCACCAAUUCCAGUAGGUAUAUCCAAGGUUCAUACUAAGAGCAAGAAUAGGAGAAAGAAACCAUCUUCAUCAUCACCAAGAUCCAAAUUACCAUCUCCAAAAUCUUCAAGAUCUGCAGGUUUAUCUAAAUAUUCGUUCAAAUCAAUGACAACUCGGUUGAACUCUAAUGCAUAAAGGUGAAUUUAAUCAAACUAAAAAUCAUAACUUGUGUCACACAUUACAUUAUGUAUAAGGAACUUUUUUGAUAGUUGAACUGGUGGUUUUCUUUUUGUUCAGAGUUUUUUAUUUUGUAGUUCUUGGAUUUGAACUUCUAUGUACAUUGUCAAAAUAAUUACAAGAAAAGAAAAAUAUAUAAUUUG